UACUAGUGUGAUUUAUCGAGUUUUCUGUUAUCAUCACACACAUUACAAUUACAAGGAAAUUAGCAACAAUGGGUUCUCUUAUGGCAGGAUGGAACUCUCCCACCUUGGAUCCUAAGUUAGAGAAACGUAGGAGGAAUAAAUCGCUGACGAAAGAAGAAAUCGCUGCUUUUUGGAGAACAAAAAAGAAGAUAGAGGAAGAACAUGUCCAGUCUGUUCUUAGGGUGAAGGAGUCCAUAGAUAAGGAUGAUGUAACAAGCUUGGACUUGGAACACCAUAUCAACAAAAUUGACUCUGGCUGGUGGACCAAGAGCAGCUGGGCAUUUCUGAAUCAACCACCAGAAACGGAACCUACCUCCAAGAAUAAGUAUGCGUCGCAGUUUCGCGUGGCCAACUUCGGAUCAUCAAGUGGAAUUAGUGCUUGAUAUAUAAACUAUACUUUAUUUCCAUACAAAUACUAGUAGUGUAUAUAGUUAUGCCUCAUGUUUUGGUUCCUGUUUGGCGAGUAAUCAUGCCGCCGAACAACUCUGUUUUCAUGGUUCUUUUUCAACUUUGAACUUUUGAAGCGUUCCAAUGUAAAUGUUCCAUAAUGCAAAAUUCCAAAAUUGCCAGAGAGAGAAUAUUCAAUCUGGCCAUUAUUGGGUUGACAUUAAC